UGUUAAAUGUUAAUCAUCACUGAUAGAAAACUGUCUUCUUUGCUCUGUUUUAGGGUUUUCUUUUUCUUCUCCUUCAAUGGCUUCUUCUUCCUCCUCAACUAUUUUCUGCUUUCAAUGCGAAGAUUCAUCAAACUCAGUUGAUUUCAGAAAUGGUUGGCGUCUUCGUAGUGGCAAAUUCUCUCAGCUCUGUCAUCGUUGCGCUUCUGUAUAUGAGUACGGGAGAUUCUGCGAGACUUUCCAUCCAAGUGAUGAUGGCUGGAGAGAUUGUGAAUCUUGUGGGAAGGUUAGUGGAAAAGUUGGUCCAUUGUGGAUGUAUUGUGUCUUUCAACACAUAUCUGCUGUUGGAUUUUGGUGGUAUUAUGUGCAUGGAGUGCUCAAAGAAGAACUUCAUUCUUGCACGGAAUCGCUGCUUGUCCCAUGAAACUCCAGUACCAACUGGAGAAUCUCAGCUGGAUGCCACACAGACCGUGAUAGAACCUCAGUACAUGCCUCGUGUCACAGAGUCAAAGUUGCAGAAGAUCUCUAUAAACCCUUUGUUUCAAAAACUGUUGUCUGCCAGUGAUGCUGAUCUCGCACUAUCACGUCUUGUGAUUCCCAAAAAAUGUGCCGAGAUCCCGCUUGUGGGUGAAGCUUACUUUCCUCGCCUUUCUGGGCCACACAAGAUCCCGAUUAAUAUACUGGACACUGAAGGCAAGGAAUGGAAUUUUCGCUUCCGGUUUUGGCCUAAUUCCAGGAGUAAAAUGUAUGUGCUGGAAGGACUUAGAGAUUACAUGGUCUCGAAGAAGUGGCAAGCAGGAGAUGUAGUUACUUUUUAUCGAAUUGAACCGGGACAGAAACUGGUCAUGGGAUUAAGGAAUACUUCUGCUGGUUCUACCAUCUCAUAGAUCUCGGCUUAAUGUCCUGGAACAUGACUCGUUACACUCUUACCAAAGGUGGAUCUACAUGUAACUUAUGAGGUUCGCAGGAACUAUGCUCAGAUCCUGUAUACGUAUUAUGAAAUUCAUGGAAUAUCUAUAUAUACUUGACCGUAAACCCUAUCAUUAUUUUAUAUUAACUUGAGAUCAUUGUGAGGAAUAGUGAGGGUUCACAUUAAGGUGUAGUUAUUGAGGUCGUUGUAGGAACCCAACUCCCAUUGCCGUUCUAAAUUUAUACCUGUUUCUAUUAUGUAUAAUUUUCUCUAUUUCCUUCAAUAAGUUUUUGCAUAUGAGAGAAGUCAUAAUUUAUGUAACAUAAUUUUAGAUCAUUACACUUGUUUCCCCAUUUAAGAACGUGCAAAAAAAAACUGAAGUUAUUUUGCUAAUUUGUGUGAUAAAUUUCACAUGAAUUAUAUAUAGAUAUGAAAUUUAUCUUUAAUUGUAAAGGACCAGAGACGAUUGACGAGGAAUCAAAAUGUUCAACAAGAGAUUUUUAGGAAGAAAUAUGUCCAAUUUGUAUGCACUUGAGAUAAAUUUUUCAAGCUAACAACAGACUCCCCAAGCACGUUAAAACUGUCUAAUAGUUAGCUCCAUCAAUUGAAACACUUAUAGAGCUCAUGUGUCGAAUCACCUGUAUUCCUUGUGAUUCCUCUAGUGAGACUAGCAGCACUUCUAGUUACAACCCUAAUUUGAUUAUUUUUUCGUUGCAUCUCACAAGCAAUAUUACUUUGUUAAUCAGAGCAUUAUAAAUAUUCAGUGUCUUGCAUGAGGAAGAUAUUGAGUAGACGGACCCUAUUUUUCGUAGUAUGCAUUUUCAUUAGUGUUGCAAUUGAUUCAGUAAGCUACAUGUAUGGUGCGCAGAGAAUUGCCUUCGGUCCCUGAAAGUUACUUGUGUGGAAACCUUCCAGUCGCCCAACGACCUAUAACGCUAGUAAGUCCCACAACCCAAAACGGUGAAGAACAAAUAUAAUUUGUUGCAAAAGCGGGUAUUCACACGUAUGAAAACACAAUGAUGGAGCAGUAAUAGCCAAAAUAGGGUUCGUUUUGGCUAGAGCACCCAAAUCAGCUAUAUAUUUGAUACAAGUUUGUCGUAAUGCUAAAACUAUGACGAAUGCAUUUAUAUUUGAGAAACUGACAAAUAUCAAAGGUUCUGCUCAAAUGAAUAUAACUGUUAGCAAGAGCUAGGGAACUAGAAGGGUUUCACUUGAACCUCUUUGUUGGAAAAUUAUACUGUAUAGAUAAGUUAAUUCAUUUUUACGUAUAUAUAGUAUUGAAUCCCCUUGAGCUUA